AUGGCGGAUACGGCAGAGAGUGGCAAGGCCAAGGAGAAGUCCGAGCAGAAGGCGGAGGUGCUCUUCGAGGACGUGCUGGAGCGGUGUUGCGGCACCGGCCGCUGGCAAACGCUGCUCAUCGGGUACUUGUCAGUCUUGUGGCUGCUCUUCCCCGCCUUUUCCAUGUCCAUGAUGUUCGUCGGCGCCACGCCCAAGUUUAGAUGCGCCGACGGCUUCGCCGCCAAUGCCACUUUCGCCUCGCUGCCGUCCGAUACGCCGCGCUGCCACGCGGCCAACUCGACGGCCGCCUGUCAGCGCUGGGCGUACGACCCGUCCGUGUACGUGUCGACGGUGGUGACCGAGUGGACGCUGGUGUGCGGCCGCAAGCCGCUGCUCUCACUGCUGCAAUCGUGGCUGAUGAUCGGCGCCCUGUUCGGCUCGGUGGUGAGCGGCCACUUCGCGGCCGUGCGCUUCCUGACGGGCGUCGCCAUGUCGGCCAUGAUCAGCAGCCAGUACGUGCUGAUGAUGGAGCUGUCCAGCAGCGAGCGGUGCGCCGCGAUCGGUAUCGUCUCAAUCAUGCCAUUCGCCUUUGGCACCUGUCUCGUCGCGCUAGGCUCGUACCUGAUCCGCACGAGAUGGCUGCUCCAGCUGGCGUACGCCGUGCCGUGUCUUAUCUUCCUGUUCAACUUCUGGCUGAUGCCCGAGUCGCCCCGCUGGCUGGUGCUGCAGGGCCGGUUCCCGGAGGAGGUGCUGCAGCUGAUGGCGGAGGCGCGGAACAACAUGCUGUCCCGCCAGACCACUACGAAGACCACCGACGGCCACAGUCCGCUGCAAAUGAUGCUGCAGCUGGUCCGGACGCCGCACAUGCGCCGCCGAACACUCAUCGCCGUCUUUCUCGGCUUCAUCAUCGCCGGCUCCUACUUCGGUAUCUCGUUUGACACGACGCAACUGGCGGCGAGCCCGCAUCUGGCGGCGGUGUUUAUCGGUCUCGCCGGCAUUCCCUCCAGCUUAGUGUUUCCCCUGCUGGACCGACUGGGACGGCGACCCUCGCUGAUCCUCCUCCUCUGGCUGCAGGCCGCUGCCAUGCUACUCACCUUCGUACAGAAGGACACCACGCUCUGGCUGGUGCUCGGCGUGGUCGCCAAGAUCGGCGUCUCCUCCGCGUAUAACACGAUAAUGGUGUUCACUGCCGAACUGAUGCCCACCGAGGUCCGCUCGCUGGCCGAGCUGCACGAGAGCGCGCCGUCGUCCGUGUUCGCCGGCCUCGCCAUGCUGGGCGGCCUCGCCGGCCUGCUCCUGCCCGAGACCAACGGCCGCCCGAUGCCGGAGACGGUGGCCGAUGUAGAUGGGCAGCCGGUGUCCGCCGCACCGACCGCCGAACGCACCCGCACCAAUGAGACGUGCCAGGGCGCUGAUGAUCCGUGA